AUGGCCUCCCUGGGGAAGAUCAUCUUCUGGAGCAUGAUCAUCCUCAUUGUUGUAUUCACGGCAGCCCUCAUCCUCAUCUUAGCCCUGACACUCUCGGGCUCCCAGUCCGAUGUGGAGAGCAGCAACAGGUCGCCCAUCGCAAACCUCGGAAAGGACGUUCUCCUCAGCUGCUACAUUCGCUCAUCCAGCGAGGCGGGAGCUCAGGCCAGCAUUGUGGCGAUCACCUGGAGGAAGGAGGGCCUGAGCGGGCUGGUUUACCAGUAUCAGAAUGGAGCUGCGAACCUUGAGAACCAGAAUUUAGGGUUCAGAGGGAGAACUGAGCUCCUCCCCGAUGCCAUAACCAGCGGAAAUGCCUCUCUGCUGCUGAGAAGUGUGAGGAAGAGUGAUGACGGGGUCUACAGUUGCGAGGUCAUCUCCUCCAGCGGCGGAGGGACUGUCAGUAUUCACCUCAGAACGGCAGCCUUUUCAGAGACCAAUUUCACUACCACAAAGGACAUCUUGAUUGCUGAUGGAGCGAGAUGGCUGCCAAAACCGAAUGUCACAUGGCUGGAUCAUGAUGGGAACAUCCUCAAUGGAACCACCACUCUUUCCCCAAAUUUUGUAGGAAUAUUCCAUGUAGUCAGCACGCUGCAGCCAGUCACCGUACGCGGCACAUACACCUGCAGAAUCGAAAACGACUUGGUGACCGCCAAUUCUGAGGCAACUUUAACAGGUUCAGGGGUUUCUGCGAGGACGUACUUCAUCUUCAGUGCAGCAGCAUCCACGCUGACGUCUACUUACCUGAACAUUAUGACUAGUGUCCUCUGUGUCUGUUAUCUGACCUGA